GUCACAACACACUCGCCGCGGGAGCGCAGCUGGCCAGGGGCGGGGUCGGCGCAUGCGCAGAGGGUGCGAGCUUGAAGGCGGGAAAAUACGGAAUGGAGCGACAGGGAGUGGACGUGCCCCAUGUGAAAUGCAAAGACCAGGAACCGCAGCCCUUGGGGGAGAGCAAGGAGCAUCCGCGGUGGGAAGAGAACUGCGAGGAGGAAGCUGGUGGAGGGCCAGCUAGUGCCAGUUGCCAGCUGACGGUCCUGGAAGGGAAGUCGGGACUCUACUUCUCCUCUCUGGACUCAAGCAUUGACAUCCUGCAGAAGAGAGCCCAGGAGCUGAUCGAAAACAUCAACAAGAGCCGGCAAAAGGACCAUGCACUCAUGACCAACUUCAGGAACAGCCUGAAGACCAAGGUUUCGGAUCUGACAGAGAAAUUAGAGGAGAGGAUCUAUCAGAUUUAUAAUGACCACAACAAGAUCAUCCAGGAAAAGCUCCAAGAGUUCACCCAGAAAAUGGCAAAGAUCAGCCAUUUGGAGACAGAGCUCAAACAAGUCUGCCACAGCGUAGAGACUGUGUACAAAGACCUGUGUCUCCAGCCUGAGAGCCUAAGACUCAGAUGGGGGCCAGACCACUCUAGGGGAAAGUCCCCACCACGUCCCGGCGACUCACAGCCCCCAGACGUGUUCGUUUCUUCUGUGGCUGAAACUACUUCUCAGGCCACUGCUUCAGAAGUACAGACCAACAGAGAUGGUGAAUGCUGACAGCUGCCGGGAGACUCACGCCUUAGUGACAGUCUCCAGGAGAAGACUGUAAGGCCACCAUUUGGGCCACACUGAGAAAUUGUUUUUCAUGGUUCUAUAAUGCAUCUUGGCAGAAAAAAACAAAAACCCAAAGCUCCUUGUGCUGAACUCCCAAAAUGUAGCAAGUCCAGCCCCUGCCAUAGGCCCAGGCUUCGUGCUCCCCACCCUUGGCAAGUUCUCCCCACCCCCAGCCCCACAGUUUAUUAAAUGUUUGAUUUUCAA